CAUCGAUCCCAAUUGUGUAAAUCGAUGCGCAUGAUAUUAAUCACUGGAUAGUCUGGUCAAGACUCGAUUUAUUUACAGACCGCCGUCAUAUAGCUGAGUGCGGCGUUAAACAACAAACCAAGCAAGCAAGCAUAUCAAGCCAACGGCUAAGAUUUUCAUGUUUAAGUUACAAUAAGUUAGACCUAUAGUGAUGGUGUGCAUUAUUUAUUGCUGUAGAACGUAUGUGUACCUUAUGUCAGUAUUUGAUCAGUACAUAGAGAUUAUGUAAUGGCCAGGGCCCGGUUGUUCUGAACCCGGUUAUUUUAACGUCAGGUUAACUCCUUACCAACCGUUAAAUAUUUAACCACACGUUAGUUAACCAGCCGUUAAAAUACUGUUGCAGGAUCAAUAGAUAACCAUUAGGUUAUCUAACCACUCGGUUAAAUUUUAACAUCUUGGUUAAAGCACCGAUUAGGUUAAAUAUUAUCCCAGAAUUCCAAGCGUUAGUACUUCCGUCACUGUGUCAUAUCGAAUAAUGGCCGAAACAGCGUCGACGACUGAGGAAACUCCAAGGAAAAUAAGAAAGAAAAGAAUCAGGAAUUUUUCUGUGGAUGGAGAAAAUAUCAUCCAGUCAAUGGUGGAGAGUAAUUCACAAGUACUUCAUGGAAAACUGAGCAGUGAAGUUACCAAUAAGAAGAAGUCUGCUAUUUGGAUGGCUAUCACCAAGGCAGUUAACAUGAAGGGCGUAGCGCUUCGAUCUGUUGAUGAGGUGAAGGAGAAAUGGAGCAACAUGACAAGAAAGGCCAAGAAAACCUUCACGGACUACAGGCUGCAACAGAGGAAGACCGGAGGGGGACCCCCACCAUCCGAACCGAGUCAGGCUACUUCUCGAAUUAUUGAGAUAAUGCAAGAUUCAGCAAGUUUCAGCGGGAUAUCAAGGGGCUUAGAAUCGGAAAUUCUUCCAAGUUGUGCUGAACUUUCAUCAGUGGCUGAUCCUGGGUUGCCAACUGGUGCCUCAGAUCCUACUCCAGCAGCUACUACCUCAACCCCAACAUCACAAAGUCCUGAAGUCAGAAAAUCUCAAGAAACAGAGCACAGUGAAGCAGCACCAAGACUUGAUGACGGACGUCCAGCCAGGCAACUCAAGUACAGAAAAGAAAGUACAAAACUCAGUUCUUCAGAAAGAGUCUAUCAAUUACAGGAAAGAGUUCUAUCAGGAGAGCUAGAAAAAACAGGAAAUGGAAAAAAAGAAACUUAAGCUACAAAUUCAACUUCUUGAGCAAAUACUGCAACGUGAUGAUAUUGACAAUUCAGUCCAUCUCAACUGUUACUUUCUAUAAUGUAAUAAACCUGCAGUCUCAUUAUCACUAUAUUUAAUUCUUGUGUCCUCUGUUUGUAGUUUAUUGGCUGGAGAAGAGGGUAUUGGUAAUAUGAUCUCUAAUGCCUCGUCAAUCAUGCCUUCCGUCAUGUGUCCACUGUUGGCUGUUCAUCUGGGUUGUCGUUGUCAUCUUGUAAUGGCUCAUUCAGUAAUAUUGAUAUAUUGUGGAGGACAGCAAAGGCAAGGACAAUCUGACACCCACGGCGUGGACUCAUCCUCAUCUGUUGAAUAAACAAGAAAUGUUUGUGUCAAAUACAUAAAUACAGAAUGUCACAUUAAAAUCUACAUUUUAGAAGCAACUUGUUUGCUUCUUUGAAUCAUUAAUAUAAUUACUAGUAAUUGGAUAUGUUAGUUAGGAUUCUUGGAAAAUUAUUUGUUUCUGCUAUGUGGUCGAUGUUAAACGUGAAGCAUUCGAACACACAACACCAUGACUCCAAACCUUAAACUGAUGAAAAAAAUCAAGAUUAGAUGUAGAAAAGUAAAACAUUGGUCAAAUUAAGUACACAAAUAUACUAUGCAUAUUUACCUCAGAAUGAAGUACAUGAAACCGUCUUUUCCAUCGACCAAAUGUUCUUUCUAUUGUAACUCUUGUAGCACACAAGCUGUCCUUGUAUCUCUGCUGAGCAUUGCCUUGUGGAGUCAUGUAUUGGGUUUGGAGAAAAGGCCUGCAAGGAUAUCCACUGUCUCCCAAUAGAAAGCCAUCUGAUAUUGAAGUGUGCGACUUCUUUAAGUAUUCACACAAAGUAGAGGUUCUAAAUAUGUGUCUAUCAUGAGUUGAUCCCGGCCACAUAGCACACACAUUCGUAAAUUUACCUACAAAUUAGACAAUAAUUUUUAAAAAAAAGCAAUGUUCGUGAUGGAUUAAUGGAUUUUCUAUUAUAGGCAUAUAUAUUAUAUAUUUCAAACUUCUUACAGCUAUAUUUUCUUAAAAUUACAGUCUCUUGACACAGCUUAGAGCUGAACAGAACUUUAAAAACAUCCCUUGUUAGCUGACUAGAAUAUCCCAUUUGUAUUAAGAGUAAUAAGAGCAUUUACUCAAACCUUUCAUUAUUUAUCUAAUUCCGAAUCUUUUUAAUGCGGAAUUUUAUAGACCUUGGAAGGGAAGCUACUCUAAUUGCAAAAAGGGACAGUACUCUAAUCUCACAAGACGUACCUUCGUGGUCACACACUGCCUGUACGUUGAUACUGUGGUAUCCUUUCCGAUUAACUUAAGCUGGUACCAUCAAUGCAACCUAGGACACUCGGAAAACCACCAAGGGCGAAAAAUCCAUCUUGAACCUGACGUAUGUGUAGCAUUCUUGUGUUGGCCAUUUUAUGAAUUCGUUCUUCCUUUUAACCAAGGCCUCAGUCACAUCGACUAUGACACGUGAAACUGUACUUUUGUCCACCCCUAUCGUAUCUUCAAUCACUUGAAGGAAACUACCACUUGCGUAAAGACGGAAAGCUAUCAUCAGUUGUUGAUCGACGUUUAGAGCAUGGCUACGUUGUGUAGGGCGCUCCAAACCUUCCCUCAAUAUAUUGGCGAUGUAGUUGAUAGAUUCCCGCCCAAAUCUGUACCUAUCACGAAGUUCACUGUCUGUGUAGUUCAUUAAUGCAAAAUUAACAGCUCGGAAUCGCUUCUGUUGCCUCGCAUUAACC